UUCGAACUGAUCCGCAUCACAUCGGCAUGAGCGCGCCAACGUCUCAACUUUCCGUUCCACACGCUGUCCGCCUCGCCCUUGCGGAGAAUGGAUAUCGCGUCGUCUCCGACCUCGAGGGCGCGACUGCGUCAGAUCUCGCUGUUGAACUGGGUGUUGGGAUACAACAGGCAGAAGAUGUUCUGAAACAAGUCACCGGGCUAGCUGCUGGUCCCUCCUCUCAGGCGGCAGCUCCCGCCCAUCAAUCUCCUGCGCGUCCCCAACGCGCCUCUGACCUCCUCCACGCAGGGCCAGGGCCAGUCUUUUCCACCCUAUCGGGCGCGCUAGAUGAUCUCCUUGCUCACUACUCGCCUCUACAUACGGACCCCCACUCACGCAACCUCAAAGGGAAAGGACGAGUCCUCGGCGGUGCCGUGGUUCCGGGGAUGGUGGUCGAGUUCUCUGGCCCACCGGGGGCAGGGAAGAGCGCCGUUGGGCUGAGCAUGGCGCUGAGUGGGGCACUAGGUGGUGCGGAGGUUUUGGUGAUCGAUACCGAGGGCGGCGUCACGCCUGAGAGGAUAAGCGCGGCUGCGGCCUCUUUGCUGAAGUCUCUCACAGAACCAGAUAAGGGAGUGGAAGAUAUAUUGCAGAAGAUCCAUGUGAUGCGCGUAGCGACGCAGGUCCAGAUGGUCGCGGUGCUGCAUACGCUCGACGCGUGGCUCGAAGCACAUCCAGUCGUCAAGCUCUUGGUGAUCGAUACGCUGUCAUACCACUUCCGGCAGCCAAGCAUGGAUCUUUCUGCACGCAAGCGGAUCAUGGACUUGAUUAAGCAGGCGGUCGGCAAGGCUGCCACAGUGCGCGGGUGUGCUGUCGUAGCGACGUGCCAGAUGGCGACCAAGUUCCUCACGGCGGACAACAAGAACGCAAAUUUCGAGACGGCGGCACGCGCAGUGCUCAUGCCCGCCCUUGGUGAGGCAUGGACUACGGAGCGAACAGUGCAAGUUGCUCUGUUCCGCGGUCGGGCGGGGGACGACUUGCGAUACGCCCACGCAUCGACGACCUCGGCAACGGGGAGGGGCAACAAAGACCCGCCAUGGGCAUCCUUUGACAUCGACACGUCGGGUCUCCCAUGCGAUAUACCGCCACCACCAACGGACAACGACCCCUGAGAUGGCCUGAGGUACUUGUGAUGCAUGACACUAC